AGCCAUGGAGCUGACCACCAUCCUCGCUCUUUCUAUCGUCCUCUUCCUCACUGUCUAUAUUCUUCUAUCAUGGUCCAGACUGAACAGAUACAAGUCACUGCCUCCUGGACCUACCCCAAUUCCUGUGCUGGGGACUCCCAAUUACAUGGAUUUAAGAGAGUAUGCCAUGAAAUUACCAAAGCUCAGCAAGGAGUACGGCUCAGUAUUCACCAUCUGGAAAAUGUCAGAACCUAUGAUCGUUCUGUGUGGUUUUGAGACGAUGAAAGACGCCCUGAUAAACCAUGCCGAGCAGUUCAGUGCACGACCGAUAAUCCCGGUAUUGGAUAACUAUAGCAAGGGAUACGAUAUUCUUGGACAACGAUGGCGUCCACUUCGCCGCUUCACCUUGGCAUUACUUAGGGAAUUAGGGAUGGGGAAGAGGACCUUGGAGUUGAGAGUAUUGGAAGAGACCAAGUAUCUCACCCAGGCUGUAUCAGAGACUGGAGGGAAACCCUUCAACCCGAGCAUGCUCCUGUCCUGCGCUGUGGGAAACAUCAUCAGUUCCUUGCUGUUUGGGGAGCAGUUUGAUUACCAGGAUGAGAAGCUGCAUGAAAUUAUCUUGUGUACAGCCAGAUAUAUGAACAAUCUCUCCACUCCACUCACCACGCUCUGCAAUAUUGUCCCAGUUCUUCUGAAGAUUCCGUUUAUUAGAAAUAAAGUCUCUAAAGACUUUACAUAUAUAGAGAAGCUUGUGACAAAAUCUAUGCAGCAUCACAAAGAGACUUUGAAUCCAAAAUCACCACGGGAUUACAUAGACCAUUUCCUACUGAAGAUAAAGGAGGUGAAACAUGAGAUGGAUCCAGAUUUUUGUGACACCAGUCUCGUCAUGGUGACUGUUGGACUGUUGGUAGCAGCAACUGAGACAACGGGUUCCACCCUAAAAUUCAUGAUAAUGCUAAUAGCCCAUUAUCCUGAUGUGCAAGCUAAAGUUCAGCAGGAAAUAGACGAGGUAACCAAGUCCUUGCGUCCACCCGAGUUCAUGGACAAGCCCCAGAUGCCGUAUACAAAUGCUGUCAUCCAUGAAAUCCAGAGAGUUCUCGACUUUACACCAGCUCCACAAUUUCAUGCCGUCACUGAAGACAUCAAGUUCAGAGGUUACACCAUCCCAAAGGGAGCCACCGUGAUUCCCUUCCUCUCAUCCGUCCUGAUGGACCCAUCUCAGUGGGAGACUCCGGAAGUAUUCAACCCCGGGCAUUUCUUGGAUGAGGAUGGGCAGUUCCGCAACAGGCCAGCCUUCAUGUCUUUUUCAGCAGGAAAGCGAGUUUGUCUUGGAGAGAACCUGGCCCGCAUGGAGCUCUUCCUGUUCUUCACCUCUCUGCUCCAGAAAUUCACCCUCACUCUUCCUCCGGGGACAGAACCUCAGGACUCAAAAUGGUUGAACCUAAACAAGUUUGAAAUCCUUGCAUCAGGGGAGAUCUGUGCCGAACGGCGUUCAAUUCCCAAGUGACCCCCGGCAGCCCAGCAGCAGAAAAAAAAGAUAAAAACAACAGAAGUGAAAAUGUGACAAUU